UCAUUCUCUUUCGAACCGCCGACGCGAACAGACGUUCAAAAAAAACCGGUAAAAUCUGAGAUCGAAAGCGAGCGCGUGCGUGCGUGCUCAGCAGAAAAAAGUAAACCGUUUCAGUUACCAAGUUACCAAGUAACUACCAAGAUCGAAUUUCGCCAUCGGGCCAAUUACUAAAAAUAUAAAGUGCAGCUCUUCGUAAACACUGUGUUUUCGCAUGGCUUUUAUCUCCGACAAGAACUGAUAAAACGAGAAAAAUAUCUCGCGAAACUCGUUCUCGCAGCUCUCUUGUGCAAAUUGCCGAUCGCGGAAGGGAAAAACAGUCCACAGCGCGAAGAAAAUCUGCCCGUCUAGACAAAGAAUCAUCAUAUCAUCUCUCAAAAGGGCAUCGCCAGGAGUCCGAGAGGUUUAUCUAUAUAGAUGUUACAGUUUAUCAACUGUUUGUGAGGGUGUUCCGAGUGCUUGUGUUAUAUGGUACAUAAAUAAAGUUCAUAUAUAGUGUAUAUAGUGCGACAAAGCUCGAGUGCGAACAGCUGCCGAGUGCCCUUGAGUGGGUGGGCAAGAUCGUCAUUAAUAUCAUCCGUAUCUGGAGGCCCCGGCCCCGGCCGCUCUAAGAUCCGCAGUGUUCAUCAAUUAUGACUGCCGAGACCCUCAAGCCGUUCAUAACGCCAACGAGUGCCAACGAUGGUUUUCCGGCCAAGGCGGCCAGCACGGCGACCGCCCAGCGACGCACCCGCCAGAUGAUCCCCUUUGUUUUGGGGUUCAUCGGACUGGGUCUGGUCGUUGCCAUUCUAGCUCUAACGAUCUGGCAGACAUCGCGGGUCACGCAUCUGGACAAGGAGUUGAAGAGUCUGAAGCGAGUCGUCGAUAAUCUUCAACAGCGAUUGGGCAUCAACUAUCUGGAUGAGAUCGACGAGUUCCAAAAGGAGUACGAAAAUGCGCUCAUCGACUAUCCGAAAAAGGUGGAUGGCCUCACGGACGAGGACGAUGAGGAUGAUGAUGAUGGCCUGGAUCCCAUGGCAGUUGGGGAGGAGGACGACGACGAUAGCUAUAGCUCUGUAGAUGAUGGCGUCUCAAGUUAUGACGACUACGACUAUACACACUCUGAGACCACGCCCACUUCGAAGACCACAGCGGAGACUGCCGGCGAAACUGAUAGUUCCUCAUCCGCCUCCAAUGAUGACAAUGUUUUCGAUGACUUUACCAACUAUAAUGCACACAAAAAGAAGAUCGAGAGAAAAUCUCGCUCGAUUGCCGAUGCUAGCAAUGAGCAGCAGAAUAUUCAGGGAAACCACACGGAGCUGCAGGAAAAGUCAUCCAGUGAAGCUGCUUCCAAGGAGAGCUCAACUACCCUUCAUCAUCGUCGCAGAAUGCAUUCCCGUCAUCGUCACCUGUUGGUCCGAAAAGGUGAAUCUCUAAUUUCAGCCAGAUCCCAGGACUCGAAGCCAGCCGCCCAUUUUCACCUGAGCAGCAGAAGACGACACCAAGGAAGUUCGGGCUAUCAUGGAGACAUGUAUAUCGGAAAUGAUAACGAGAAUAACUCUUAUCAGGGACACUUUCAAACGCGCGAUGGCGUCUUGACGGUGAUGAAUCCAGGCCUAUAUUACGUAUACGCCCAGAUAUGCUAUAACAAUUCGCACGACCAGAACGGCUUCAUCGUCUUCCAAGGAGACACUCCCUUCCUGCAGUGCCUGAACACGGUGCCCACGAAUAUGCCCAACAAGGUGCACACCUGUCACACCAGCGGGUUGAUCCACCUGGAGAGGAAUGAGCGGAUCCACCUGAAGGACAUCCACAACGAUCGCAAUGCCGUUCUGCGGGAGUCGAAUAACCGAAGCUACUUUGGCAUCUUCAAGGUGUAAUGUGUAAUGUGAGAUUAUCCGUGGUCAAAACAGAUAGUAACAGCUUAAGCUUUAGUAGUCCCCGCGACUGCUCGUGAAUGCGAUUCAUCGCCAGCGUGGAUCCAUUAGUUCGUAGUCCCUAGUCUUAGUCACUCAUAACCUAAUCUCAAUCUGAAUCAUAUUUCAUAUUUAUUUUGUAUAUACUCCUUCGACUUUAACUGUACGCUGAAAAAGUGAAUAAAAAAUAUAGUUUAACUUAA